AUGGUCUUUUACUUUCAACUUCUCUUAUCGGACCAAUCAGUAAAAUACGAAGGCACAAUGAAGAAAACGAUGUCUGCUCGCAAGACUUUUCUCGACGAGAAAAAGAAUAAAAUUCCAGUUUUGUUUACACUUCUACCCAUAAAUAUCACACUCAUUUACGGAUUGGCACGCUUUCUUUUUGCCACUUGCCUUUGGAAAAAUAAUGCUAAUAUUACGAAGCUAUAA